AUGGCUCCUGCGCCGUACAUCGAACGUGUCCGUACCGUGCGCAGCCAAGGAGCGUACGGCGGUCGUGGAUAUCAGUCCGUGUGGGUCCUCUCAGAGGCGGCCAAAGAUGUUCUACGUACUCACACCACACGGGCUAGUUCUGGAAUGCUGUACACACUCGCAAACCAGAAACCCGUUGUUCCAGCUCGGUACUUCAGUAUUGACGGCGUGUUCCGCAACGAAACACUCGAUGCAACUCAUUUGGCUGAGUUUCACCAAGUCGAAGGCCUCGUUGCCGACUACGGUCUAACUCUGGGCCAUUUGAAAGCUAUGAUUCGAGCUUUCUUUAACAAACUGGGUCUCACAGAUCUUCGUUUCAAACUGGAGUACAACCCAUAUACAGAACCAAGUAUGGAAAUCUUCAGCGUUCAUUCGGUGGGUCAUGGGAUACGGCGAAGUUCAAGGCCUACAACUUUGAUGCUCUCGGUGCCGCCUUGCCCCGUGGUCACCUUCACCCGUUACUCAGGGUGCGCUCGGAAUUCUCUAAGAUACUAA